AUGAAACGCACUCGCAAUGACAAUGAUGAGGCCGAUCUCGCCGCCUUUCUCGAUAACAGUCUCGAAGAGGUAGCUGAGCAUGACGCUGACGACCCUAUUCAUGAUUGCGAAGGCGUCGAGCUUGGAUCUCUAGAGGCAAAGACGGAUGAGUACUUCGAUUUGGCAGACAAGAAGAUCCGUGUCUUUCCUUUUUCAGAGGUAAAGCCGUGCUGGUUCCGCUUGUAUACUGACACAUCCAUAAUCAAAGCAGUGCGCGUGAUUGAGGCGCGGGAGAAUGCUAUUGAAGACGCUAAAAAGUCAUCAUCUUGGCUGCAAGAUGCAGUCGGCUUGCUUGACAUGGCAUUAAUCACAGCUGGAGGACUACGCAGAGAGGAGUUCAUAUCGAGAAUAUUCCUUCAGUUGGAGAGCUAUGUUGACAAUGCAGAGCGGAAGAAGCACAAACGGUUCCGCCACGAGCCAGCUUCAGAAGUCCUGCGAAGAGCUACUUUACCUGAGCUCGUCACGUCGGUACCCAAAAUCAAGCAUUCCGUGACUGAGAUGCGCGUGCCGACCUUGGAAAUGUUCAGCAAAUGGCUUCAGACUUCACGAAAACCUGUCAAGCUGCUGAACACACUCGAUUCGUGGUCUGCCUUGACUGACUGGAAGCAGACGUCGUACUGGAUGAACCAUACACUCGGGGGGCGUCGACUGGUCCCCAUAGAAACUGGAAGGAGCUACACCGACAGCGGCUGGGGUCAGAAGAUUAUCACGUUUGGCGAUUUUCUCUACUCUUAUAUUUUCACUACACCCGAAGCCCGAACGGACACCGGCUACCUGGCUCAACACGAUCUUUUCCGCCAACUACCGUCCCUAGAAGCAGCUCUGUUGAUACCUGACUAUUGCUACAUGGAUGCGCCUAAAUCAGAGCCUGACACUCCUCUGUCCGUGUCUUCGAAGCAGUCGCUUUCAGCAAAGACGGAGGACGGCACCAGCGAGUCCGAACCUGGCGGCCAGUUGAUCAACGACGAGCAUGAAAUCCACAGAAAUAUUUGGUUUGGGCCAGCAUGGACUAUAACGCCGCUUCAUCAUGACCCCUACCACAAUAUUCUCUGCCAGGUCGUUGGUACAAAGUAUGUUCGACUCUACUCUCCUCAUGACAGCGGCAGUCUUCAGUCGAUGUCAGCCACAGAGACGGCGCCGCAUGAGGCCAUGGGUGGUUCAGGCACAACGACAAUAGAUAUGUCGAACACGUCAAAGAUCGAUGUCGCAGCCAUGGAGCUUUCACCGGACGAAGAUUGGGAUGCUGUCUACCCGGGCAUCAGCAAAGUCCCGUACUGGGAAUGCAUUCUCGAACCUGGUGAUGCCCUCUACUUGCCGGUGGGGUGGUGGCACUAUGUCCGCAGCUGCUCGGUUGGGAUCAGUGUGAGCUUCUGGUGGUGA